AUGGACGAAACACAAGUUCUCAAUUAUAUUGACCAACACGGAAGCAUUCAAAACUCGGUCGAGUAUGCCCAGAGUGUGAAUGUGGAUCAUCAACAAUUGUAUGGUAUCAUCAAUAGUUUGACUCUUUCUGAAAUUUUAGCCUUUGAAAAGAAGGAGAGCGUUAAAGUUUCUCCAACCAGUGAAGGCUUGGAAAUUAUUCAAACAGGUCAAUCUCCUGAAAUUAAAUUGAUAACUCUUCUCAUCAACUCUCCCGAUGGAGUUGAUGUUUCAAUUUUGAAGGAAAAGUUAGGUGCUACUUUCGAUGGCGCAGUGAUGAACUCGAGAAAGAAUCAAUGGGUAACCCAAGAAAAAGGAUCUUCAAUCAUGAAGAAAGCCGACAGUGUUGCUCAAAUUCCUGAAGAUGCUACUUUGAAGCAAUUAAAGAUCGUUUCAGAAAAAUUCGUUUUCACAGAAUUAGACAAGGUGAAAGGAAAGAAUUUGGAAGAGUUGAAAUUAAUAGAAUACUCGAAUUUGAAUGUCAAGUAUGAUACAGAUCCAAACUAUGCAAUUUUGAAACAACAACUUCUCGACCAAGGCAAAUUCUUGAGCUCUUCUGCCUUCUCUCAACUCAAAUCAAGAAAGCUUGUUAAAGUGGAUACUAUCAAAUACUUUAAUGUUACAAAGGGUCCAAAAUUCUCCGUUCAAAGACAGAAACAAGAGACAGAUUUGACAAGUGAUUUGCUUGCUACUGGAAAUUGGGAGUCAGCAUCCUUCAAGCCAUAUAACUUUAAAGCUUUUGGUAAAAGAAGUGAAAAUGGUUAUCUUCAUACUUUAUUGAAGGUCAGAACUGAAUUCCGAAAGGUUUUCCUUGAACUUGGAUUUGAAGAAAUGGCCACCAAUAACUUUGUUGAGAGCUCUUUCUGGAAUUUUGAUGCCUUGUUCCAACCUCAACAACAUCCUGCUCGUGACGCUCAUGACACCUUCUUCUUGGAAUAUCCAAAGGAAUGUGUUUCUUUACCUACCGAUGGAUAUGUUGAAACAGUUCAAAAGACUCACGAAAAAGGAGGAUUUGGGUCUAUUGGUUAUCGAUAUGAUUGGAAGCUCGAAGAAGCAAAGAAGAAUCUUCUUCGUACACACACAACUGCUGUUAGUAGUCGUUAUUUAAGAGAACUCGGUAAAGAGUUACAAAGCGGAGUGCCAUUCAGACCAAGAAAAUUCUUCUCCAUUGAUCGUGUUUUCCGUAAUGAAACUCCUGAUGCUACCCAUUUGUGCGAAUUCCAUCAAAUCGAAGGAAUGGUUAUUGACAAGAAUUUAACAUUGGGUGACAUGAUUGGACUUUUUGAACAAUUCUUUGCAAAGAUUGGUAUCACUGAUAUCAAAUUCAAGCCAGCUUACAAUCCUUACACCGAACCAUCUAUGGAAAUCUUCGGUAAUCACCCUGUGAGAGGAUUGGUCGAAGUUGGUAACUCGGGUAUGUUCAGACCAGAAAUGCUUCUUCCAAUGGGCAUCCCUGAAGAUGUCACUGUUUUGGCUUGGGGUCUCUCGUUGGAAAGACCAACCAUGAUCAAGUACCGUGUUUCGAACAUUAGAGAUUUAGUUGGACAUGAGGUUGACUUGCGACAAGUACAUAAGAAUCCUAUUUGCAGACUCAACAAGUAA